GUCAGUAUCGCACAAACAACACUAACGGAAACAUCACAAAAGCACCGUGCAAAGCCCGGACGGACGGACAGACGGACGGCAAUUCCUGUCUCUGCGUUCGAGUGUGCGUGCGAGUGUGUGUGUGUGUGUGCGAGUGUGUGUGUGCCAGUGUGUGUGUGUGGAGCGCAGUCAAUGCGCUUCUGUUGUGUUGCUGCUGUCAAAACCCGCGCGGCAGCAACAUCAACAUCCAUCACACCGCCAGCCGCAGCAACAGCAACAGCCAACAGCCAACAGCAGCCAAAAGCAGCACAAACAAUAAUUUGAAAACACACACAUAAAACAUAAAACGUAAAACUGCAAAACUGUUUAACAAUCAGAAAGAGAAACAUUACACAAAAAGCCAGCAACAUUUACAACUUCGUGUUGUUGUCGUCGUCUUGUAUCGUCGUCAUCGUCAUCGUCGUUGUCGUCGUCGUCUAUGUCGCUGUCGUCUGUCGCGUCGCAACGCAUCGCAACGCAACGCAUCGCUAGUUAUAGAUGCACUCCACACAUAUCUAUAACAAAUCUAUAAUUUUUUUUCUUGUUUUGAACAAAAGUCAGUGCAAAAAGUGCAAAAGAAAUGUGCAAGUAACUACAGCAACAGCAACAACAGCAGCAACAUCGGCAGCAGCAGCAGCAACAUAACGAAAUUGCAGUAGAUAUAUCACAUAUAUAUAUAUAUAUAUCUGUCUGUAUAUAGCAUAUUGUAUGUGCUGCUUACACAUGCUCUUGCUUCAAUGGCAAUAUGCACGAGCAGCAGCGACAACAGCAACAUCUACAUCAGCAGCAGCAACAUUUGUGACACCCGCGUGCCAAAUAUUGCCGAUUUUGACAAGCAGACGACAGCAGCAAUUGCUACUUACUGAACGAGGCACAACAACAGCAACAGCAACAGCAACAACGAUUGCAGCAACAGCAGCAACAUCUACAGCAGCAACCACAACGAAUCUUGCAAGCAGACGCCGCAAACUAACAAAAUGUCAAUUCAAAAGUUAAACGAUAACGCGAACUCGGGCUAUGUUAGCUCCGAGGAGACGGACUCGCUGCUAGUGUCGAGCACGACCAAGGGGAGCGGCGGGGGUCGUAGUGCGCUAUUGCGUCAGGUGAAGAGCAGCAACAGCAACAGUGCGGCAAACGGACCAACAACAGCAACCACUGCAGCGGCAGCAGCAGCAGCAGCGGCGGCAGCAAACAAUUCAAUGGCUUCCACGUCGGGAGGGAAACCGACAUUGAUGCGUCAAGAUCGCACUUCCACAUAUCUAACGAGUCCGCAGCAAUCGCAGUCACAACAGAUGCGCAUGGGCUCCGAGGAGAGUAUGCGAGGUGGAGUUGGAGGAGGGAUGGGAAUGGGAGGAGGAGGAGGUGGAGGAGGAGGAAUGGGAAUGGGGCACGAUGAGGAUAUUGAGCAGGGACUGCGUGCAGCCAUAGUGCCUGAUAUCGAAGUACACGAAGAGGACCAAGAACUAACACAAAACACAUCAACGACCACAACAAUAUCAGCAUCGGCCAGCGUGGCUGGCAAUGCUGCAACGACCAAGUUGCAACAACAACCAUCGGUUGACAGCCAAUCGAAACAGCAACAGCAACAACAACAACCGACCAUAUCAAUUAUGAAUUUAAGCCCAAGCGGUCAUGGCUCAAGUCAUCCCAAUUUGGGCACAUCAUCAUAUCAGAAUCUAUCGUCGAGCAUACCGCCAAGUGCGCCGAGUCGAUGUCGCGCCUGUCGCAACUGCAGUCGACGUGCCUCAACGACACCGAUCUCCACAACGAUGGCCACAACGAUGACAAUGUUGGGUGGCCAGCAGAUCGAUCGUUCGGCGUCGCGGGACAGCGUUAAAAGUGCCUUCCAACAGGGUAACCUGACCAGCUCGAUGGCCAUUUGCAUAUCAAACUCGGCCCUCCAGCAACAGCAGCAGCAACAGCAGCAACAAUUGCAAUUGCAGUUGCAACAUCAGCAACAGUUGCAGCUGCAUCAUCAUCAGCAACAACAACAACAACAGCAACAGCAGCAAGUGCCGCCGGUGCUCAUCACGUCAUCGCCGACAAAUGGGUCGAGAAUAAUCCGGCAGAGCUCGCAACCGGAGUCGAGCACCACGGCCAUCUGUUGUGGGUCGCAUAGCUCAUGUGGACACUCCCACACGGUGCCGAAUGUGUCGCUGAAGCAGCUGCGCGAAAGCACCACAGAUGGCAUUGCUGGCAUUGCCGCCGAUUCCCUAAGGAUCAAUGGUGGCAUGCGUCCAUUUAAACAGGGCGUUCUUCUAAUGCCUCGCACAUUGUCCGAAAGCCGAAAAUUGCGACUUAGAAGGGCCUUCACAGAGGCCACUAACGAAACGCUUCAAUGCUCCAAAAUGCUCCGCAAGCCAGCGUCGACACUUUCAAUUCCUGGCUCGAUGAAAACACCUUCCAUUGCGAACCGGGAACAGAUCUCAUCUGGAUGCAACGAAGAAGCGGCCGAGGCUUUAGUGGGUAUCCACUCAGACUACCCUAGGUAUGAAAUGUAUAUGGAAGAACGUGCGCUUACUGGCGGCAAUACGUCCAGGAAGCCAUCGACAAACUCGGCCAAACACAAACCCAAUGUGGGCUAUCGCCUGGGCAAGAGAAAAGCUUUAUUCGAGAAGCGCAAACGCAUUAGCGACUACGCCCUCGUCAUGGGUAUGUUCGGGAUCAUCGUGAUGGUCAUUGAAAACGAACUGAGCAGUGCCGGCGUCUACACAAAGGCAUCGUUUUACUCGACAGCGUUAAAAACCUUAAUAUCUGUUUCGACUGUGAUUCUUUUAGGACUUAUAGUAGCUUACCAUGCUUUGGAAGUGCAGGUGAGAUUAUUCAUGAUAGAUAACUGCGCCGACGAUUGGAGGAUCGCAAUGACAUGGCAACGAAUUAGUCAAAUAGGGUUAGAACUUUUUAUAUGCGCUAUACAUCCAAUUCCUGGCGAAUACUAUUUCCAGUGGACGACGAAAUUGGCCAAUAAGAACAAAACAAUUGGCACCGAAAUGGUGCCAUACGACGUAGCUUUAUCACUACCUAUGUUCCUUCGAUUAUAUUUAAUCUGCCGCGUUAUGCUGCUUCAUUCAAAGCUAUUCACAGACGCAUCAUCACGGAGCAUCGGCGCUCUCAAUAGGAUUAAUUUUAACACAAGAUUCGUUUUAAAAACACUAAUGACAAUAUGCCCGGGAACGGUUCUAUUGGUCUUUAUGGUCUCGCUGUGGAUAAUUGCCUCGUGGACCUUGCGGCAAUGCGAAAGAUUUCAUGAUGAAGAGCAUGCGAAUCUUUUGAAUGCAAUGUGGCUGAUAGCGAUAACAUUUUUGAGUGUUGGUUUCGGUGAUAUUGUUCCGAAUACGUACUGUGGACGUGGUAUCGCUGUCAGUACAGGAAUAAUGGGCGCUGGCUGCACGGCGCUGCUCGUCGCCGUCGUCUCACGAAAACUGGAGCUGACUCGUGCCGAGAAGCAUGUGCACAACUUCAUGAUGGACACGCAGUUAACCAAAAGGCUGAAAAAUGCUGCGGCGAAUGUUCUUCGUGAAACUUGGCUCAUUUACAAACAUACAAGACUAGUAAAACGGGUUAAUCCCGGCCGUGUAAGAACCCACCAAAGAAAGUUCCUUCUAGCUAUAUAUGCGUUGCGAAAAGUUAAAAUGGAUCAACGCAAACUAAUGGAUAACGCCAACACAAUAACCGAUAUGGCCAAGACACAAAAUACGGUCUAUGAGAUAAUAUCGGACAUGUCGAGUCGACAGGAUGCCAUCGAAGAGCGUCUCACGAAUCUAGAGGACAAGAUGCAGAGCCUGCAAGAGCACAUGGAGAGCCUUCCCGAUCUAUUGUCGCGCUGUCUGACGCAGCAUCAGGAGCGCAUCGAGCAACGUCGCAACUUUCUACACCCGGACACAGCGGCGACUGCGGCAAUACAGCAGCCCAUUCAGCAGACGACGCCGCAAUCCAUGUUCAACACAGCGCCCAUGCUGUUCCCACAUUCUAGUAAGUUCAUCAAUGAUUCGGAAAAUUCUAUAGUCGAAAUAUACCCAUGAAAUUAAAUGAAAUUAUAAACGAGUAUAAAAGCGUAAGUCAAGUGGAAGAAGUUAAAAAGAAAACCAAAAAAAAGAAAAUACAAAAAAAAAACAAAACGAAACAAAACAAAAAAGGAACCCUUAAAAAUGUAUACCUAUUUAUAAUAUUGAAUAUUUAAAUUGAAAUUCAAAUGAACGUUCAAGACUGCUGUCAAAAUAGCUUUAUCACAAUAAAAAAACACACACAUACAUACAUGAAAACGAACACUGUGGACAAGAAACACGUAAAAACACAAACCACAAACAAAAGAAAACAAAAAAUAAGAUGAUAUUAUAAUGAGAAUGAGAAUGAAAAUGAAAAUACGAAAGAAAUACGAAAUACGCCCAGCUUUAAUAUUAUGUACUAUAAUGCAUAUUUGGGUUUCAACACUCCAUGAAAAAUCUUCAACAACAAAAACAACAACAACAAGAACAAGAACUACAACAAAAAACCAUUAAAAUUCUCCCGUUUGAACUGGUUUCCUAACACACAAUACCUUGAUACAAAAACCAAAACAAAAAAAUACAAACGAAAACAAAAAAAAUGAAAAUCGAAAAAUGAGAAAAAUGAAAAUGAAAACCAAAAACUUUGAUAUGAGGGACCGAAAAUUCAAGACAGGUCUAUAUUAUACACACAAAACGCAAGAUAUGCAAACCAAAACCAAAAACAAAGAAAACAAACAAAAAACAAAAAUGAGAAAAUAAAUCCUUUUUAGCUGGUGAACAAUAUUUAUGUACUACAAACGACAUUGCAUACAACAACAAAAAAAAAACUUAUCCAACUAUGCCAACUGAAUACUGAACCGAAUCGCACAAUUAUUUAUGCUAUGGAGCCCACGGUGGCACAGUGGGCACAGGCCAGCUGAAAAACGAAAUCAAAGCAGAAAGCAAAUUCAAAAUCUUCAAUAGCAAACACAUAGGUUAAAGCUGCACAACUCGACUCGACUAGCGUAUACCCUGUAACCGAUGGCAAAAAGAGUGAGACAAAAAAAAAAACACAAACAAGAUUUGUAGCCACCGUAGAAAGCAUAUCCUUAUUAAAAAAACAAAAA